AUGGCUUCCGUUGGAGCUUCAAUGGCAAGAUCUGACAUACCACUUACAGUACAUGCUGUGGCUCUGCACCAGCGGAUCUCGCCCGAUCGCUGGUGCGUAACCUUCUCGGAUCUUAAGUACCUAAGGCGGGAAGUUCGACGAGCGAUUGCUACAGGGGAGAUCAAACCGCCCGACGAUGGGACGGACAAUUUUCUCGAUGCUGAUGGCCACUACGGACCCAGCAUCUACACCGUGACCGAGCAGCACAUCAAGCCGGUCACAGAUCUUGCCGGUAAGAUGAGCUGGGCGUUAAUGAGAAACCCAGAGGGCCUGGAUUGCGAUGUCUUCAUCAGCCAUGCGUGGCAGGAGGGAAUCUUCGAAUUCUUGUCCAAAGUCAUGCACUCCUGGCCGCACAGUGCGCGACAAGCUUGGUGCUGCAUGCUUGCGAACCCGCAGCAUCUGGACAUAACAGGCCUGCUGCAGUCCCCUCAGCACUCUCCUUUCGCGCUCGCUUUGCAAGCUUCACAAACCGUGCUGGUGGUGCCGAACCGGCAUUGCUCCAUUUACACUAGGCUCUGGUGUUGCUACGAAGCUUACCUUGCGCAGGAACAGGGCAAAGUCAUCUUGAUUGCCCGGGCAUCGGACUGGAAAGAGAUCUGGCGUGCCAUGGAGCACAUGGGCUUGGCUGCCUUGGCCGGCAUACUUUUAGCCUGGGUAUUGGACUUCAAGGGGUGGACUGAGCACGUGAACUUGGGCGUGAUUUGCCUGGUGGCCGCAACCGGAGUCUGCAGCAUGGGAAUGGCAAAGAACACGGUCCGUGCUGCUUUAAAUCUCACUGGCGGUGUUCUGUGCUGGUAUCUUGCCUUUGAGUGGCGCACAGUGCGAGGUUUGUACACUGAAAGUCCAAGUGCUUUCCUUCGAGCUGUUCCUGCUGUGGCCCAGCGUGUCUGGAUAAUUGUCGUGGCAGGCAUGUUCCUUCUGCUUGAAACGGACCGUAUCAAAAGUAAGGCGACUGAGAAUGAGGCGGCGCAGCUUCGAAGAGGAUACACAGGCUCCAUUGUGGACGCGGCGUGCUCCCGCGCAGAAGAUGAGCAGCGCAUCCGUGAAGAGAUCGGAGACAAAAUUCAGGUUGUGGAUUACGCAAUUGAGGUGCUUAUGUCAGCAGGCAUGUCAACGCCCACUUUGCGGGAGAUUGCUUCCAAGGGCGUCAGCAUCCAACAGGCUGCCACUCCGGCACUCGCUCUGCCGAUGCUGAUGUUCGGACCUUUCCUCGCCAUAACACUAUUUACACUCGUGUUGGAUGCCAUUUAUUUGGACAGUUUUUGGACUUGGAGGCUGGUUCCACUGAGAACCUUAACCUCUUUGGAGCGUAUCUUGAUGAUACUCUUGAUCCGGCAGUCGCCCCGAGACGAGCGGUGUUUUGAUUACCUGGUGAUACAGAAGUGUGCGGUGGUCUACCUUGCAGUCUUCACGCCUUCGAUGUUUCAAUGCGAGAUGGUUGGGAAACUGUCCUACCAGAAAGACAGCAUGUGGUUUGUGAUCCCACCGGUGGCCUACACGACGAUGUUUAUUUUCGUACUGCUCGGUUUCAGACGUACUGCAAAUCUUUCCUGUGGACUCGGCCUGUGCCUAGUUCAACUUUUCCUGGCUCGGGACCCAUACGUUCAGCUAACGGCUGCAGGCCACUGCAUACGGCGCAAAAACACUGCCGCUGAGAGCCCAAAGAGCUCAGACUCCGAGUCCGGGACGUGGAGCGGCGCCUGA